AUGCCUCACUCAGAGCACCCUACACCGCGAGAGAACACGCCUAACCCUGAUCCAGAUAUUUCGGCUUUCUGGUGGAAUGUAAAUCAGCGGCGCCAUGAAUGGACGCCUGAAUGUCCCGCAUAUCUGCUAGGCCAAAGUGAGAAGAAUAUGGGCAUCCUGACGAAGCGUGACAAAGAGUUCAAGAGAUUCAGCUGGGAGAUGUGCGAGGAAUUGGUCAGAACAAACAACAUUCACCACUUCCAGCGAUCAUCAAGUCAACUCCGAGGAUACUUGCACUACGUUCACCAUCUCAAGAAGACGUAUGGCUCGGUCCUCACAUACAUCCAGCGAGAACGACUUCACUGGGACACGAUCACACCCAGUGGGGAUGAACCAUUUCGUAAUGCUUGCGACUAUAAAAUCCUGUACAACGACUGGCCGUACUUUGUUGAGGAAGGUAUCAAGCAUCUUGUUGUGUGGACCAAGUUUCUCAUCGAUGAGGACCCCGAGACAGGGGAAGUGCUUCCACAAGCCAAGCAGCGAAUCGAAAACUUCAUCAGGGCGACAUUUUGCGAGGGACAAGGAGACAAGAGGGUCCCCAGAGAAAGGAUACUUUGGUUCAAGAAUUGGAAGAGUCUGAAAAGCGUGCAUGCAUUAGAGCAUUUCCACGUUAUGCUCUAUAACGCGCCUGAAGCACUUCUGGAAGCUGUGACACACGGAGAUCGGCCGACUUGUGAAAGCUGGAUGGAUAGCAACAGCUGA